AUGGCAUCUCAACGAGUUCAAACCCAGCUCUCUCGGCACCUCGCCCUCAAUGCUGAGAACAUCGUGGUCCCCCGGACCGCUCCUAUAACAAAUAUCCUACCAAAUCCUCCAAACCAGCCUGUGUUUCCAACCUACAGCAUGGGCUACAGGGCAGGUAUAAAGGUCGUCCGCCAGGCGAUACCUGCACGACCUGCGGAUGGCCAAGGCACCCACCACACCUACCACAUGGCAACCCACGGCAACCUUCAUCCAAUCCUCUUGCAGAUGGAGCCUGCUCCUAAUCCGAUCGCUGGUGUGGUUGUCCCAGAUCUCAUCGAGGAAGCGACCAAUCAAUUUGUCCUGGGCAAUGAUGGAACUCCGCUCAGAUAUUUCGGCCAUCUGCCACGAUGGGUUCAUCACGACGUCUCGGGGAUGUUGAUCGAGUUGUGGAUGCGACUCGACCCACGCGUUGAGAUGCGGGACAUUUUGAACCGCAUCAACGCCCAUCCUACAAAGAAGACGAUCGGACCGAGUGGCUACAACAUGAAGCGGAGCCGAUUUAGAGAGACCAUCGAUGUGCCUCCUUUCACUACGGGUCGCCAGCACCCUUGUUCGUUCGAAAUCGAUGUUAUCAACAACCAGACUUGCGAGCAACUUCUGCUCAACACUUGCAUGCUCGUUGAUCUCCCCAGUAACCGCAUGUUCAAGCCUGUCAUGGCCAGCGACAGAGUGAUCCUGGGUUACGUCGAUAGCUGUCUGCCUCUCGAUUAUUUCUUGCGAGGCUUCCCGACACCGAUCCCCAUUCCUUCGGAUCGUCAAAACAUCGCCCUACAGCUGCGAUCGCGCCUCCAGACCCUCGCAGUUCGCUGCAAUCUGGGCAACCAAUUGCAGAACUACAAGAAUCUGCCGGAGAAUUUGAAACCGACAUGGUGGCAAAAGAGUCCAGAUCCGCAGGGCCCGCUUCCCAUCCAUCAAGUUGACAGCCUGACGCACAAUGAGUGGAUCGCCCAGCUUUGCCGACAAUAUACCGGCAUGAGCAGGUCAGGCACGCAACGCACGAAUUCCAUUAGCCCCGCGCCGGUGCGCACUCCUGUGGCUUUUGUCCCCUCUACGCAGUGGGCACUGCGGCCACCAUCUCUCCAGGCACCUCCCGCACCAGUCGCACCAUUACCAGCAGUUGACCAAGACUUGGUGAAUCCAGCUCGGCCGCUCGUGGGAGAAUGGCACGAGAGGAACUCCGGCGGCGGCAUCUCCUACUAUGUGGAGCCUGCGCACCGCCGUCCCGACCGCCGGAUUUAG